AUGGCGCAAGCGGUGAGGCAGCAACUUAACCAGUUGGCUAGUAUGUCUCAUUCUGGGACUUCUCAUAAAGAUGUCACAGAACGAUAUAAAGCCAUUUUAGAGACAACAAUCAAAACUCAAGGAGAUGAGCUGAUUCCAUCAUUACAUGCUUUUGUUGAGGCCUUGGUCAAUGAAAAUAUUAGUUUAGUGAUUUCCAGACAGAUCCUUACAGAUUUCUGCAAUCAUCUCACCAAAUUACCAGAUCCAGUGGCAAAAAAUGUGGCUAAAUUUACACUAGAUCGUGUUUAUGCUAGAGUUAUUUCAUUUGAAGAACAAGUUGCUUCAAUUCGACAACAUUUGGCCAAUAUUUAUGAACGUGAGAAAUCGUGGGCAGAGGCAGCCCAAGUGUUGGUUGGCAUUCCACUAGAGACUGGACAAAAGCAAUAUUCUACAGAUUACAAACUGAAGACCUACCUCAAAAUUGCCCGCCUUUAUCUUGAAAACGAAGAUCCUGUCCAAGCUGAAGCUUACAUCAAUAGGGCAUCGUUGCUACAGGCUGACUCCCAAAAUGAAGAUCUCCAAAUUCGUUACAAGGACUGCUAUGCACGAGUAUUAGAUUACAGAAGGAAGUUUAUUGAAGCAGCUCAACGCUACAAUGAAUUGUCAUCCAUCAUUGCAGAAAAUGAGAGAAUGAAUGCUUUGAAAAAAGCACUUAUCUGCACCAUCUUGGCCUCUGCAGGUCAACAAAGAUCACGAAUGUUAGCAACUUUGUUUAAAGAUGAAAGGUGCCAACGUCUCCCUGCUUAUAAUAUAUUAGAAAAAAUGUAUUUGGACCGUAUUAUACGAAGUAAUGAUCUCCAAGAAUUCUCAGAAAUGCUCCAACAGCAUCAGAAAGCAAUCACAGCUGAUGGUUCAACAAUUCUCGAUCGAGCUGCCAUUGAACAUAAUUUACUUUCUGCUAGUAAGCUCUAUAAUAACAUAUCCUUCACAGAAUUGGGAGCCUUAUUGGAAAUUGAACCCUCAAAGGCUGAAAAAAUUGCAUCCCAAAUGAUAACUGAAGGAAGAAUGACCGGUUCAGUUGAUCAGAUAGCCUCCAUUGUACAUUUUGAAACACAUGAAGCCCUUCCAAACUGGGACAAACAAAUCCAGAGUUUGUGUGUUCAAGUCAACCUCAUCAUUGAACGUAUAUCUGAAAAGGAACCUGACUGGAUGAUAAAAUACAUGUAG